AUCAACAUUUCCAUUUUAAUGGACAAAAUGCUUGUACAUUUAUUUAUCUUAGUAUCAUGGUCUACCGGAAUACGCUACCGGUUAUAUUUCAAACCACACUAGAAGCAACUUGUUAUUGGUUUAUAUGGAGCAGGAACAGUUCAUUGACAUAAUUGGAUACCAUUGUCAACAUAAUACCUAGGAUAAUACAUGUAACACCGACAUACCUAUCCACAACUUAAAGAUAAAGUCAAUAGCGCUAAACAUUACAACAUUUUGUUACAAAUAUGUAUUCUGACCACGAUUAAGGUGUCUUUAUCACUUGUGGGUCGCGGGUUCGAGACCUAUGUGGGGCAGUCACCAGGUAUUGACCGUAUGUCUGUGGUUUUUCUCCAGGAAUUUAGGCUUUCCUCCAGCAUGAAAAACUGGUACAUCCUUAAAUCACCCUAGCUGUUGAUAGGACGUAAAGCAACAAUAAAUAAAACUGACAAUGAGACAGUUCUCUUUUAUUUCAAUUUUAAUGGUAUGACAUUUUCGCCCAUUCUGUCUUGCUUCUGUACGAAAGGAACAAUGUAUGCAUCGAUAUUGAUUCUUAAUCUACGUAAAUAUACAUGGGCAAAAAGAAAUAUUUAUAUAAGGAAAAUAUCAUGACUAUCAUAUGGUUCUGUAUUCUGGUUUGGUUUUGUAAGACCAAUCAAUUUAUUACAAAAAUAAAAACAAUUGUUAUUAAAUGUUGUUUAAAUGGGAAGAUAUAUCCUAUUGUAUUUAGAACAAUAAUGAUUAUCGCCUCGGUUGAUCGAAACCUUUUGUGUUUGACGCUAGUACAGUCUGUACAUACUAACGACACUAUCGAAUGUUACCUGUUGUUUAACCAUGCAGUAACGAUUUUAUAUAUAAACCCAUACUCAAAUUUCAUUCUGUUAAAUUGUGCUUAAAAUAUUGAAACCUCGUUGUUAGUGAUUUGUAAAUGAAGGCUAAUGAUUUGAUUAAUAUAAUGGACGUUAUCUGUAAAUAUUCUGUCAAACAGAUACUGGGUCUUCUAUAAAUGCAUUGGUUAUAUACAGUAGAACUUCCAUACAAGGUCCUUCAUGUGAAACAUACAGUAACACAAAGAUAGAAAUGAACCAUCAUUUGUGUGUAUAAAAAAAUCAAAAACUGUCUUCUUCAUUCUUCAUUCAUUUUGAUUACAUUGGAGCAAAAAAUUAACAAAAGAGACGACACUCGUCAUGUAAAACUUGGUCAAUUCAAUGGUUUGAUAUCACCUUCUCAAGUAAGAACUAGACAUACAACAGCGGAACCACACAAUGAGAUCAUUAUAACGACCAUUACACUUCCCCAAAUUCUUCAUCAACAUGAAUCUUUCGAAACCAAGUGUUUUGUGUUUAUCUUUUAGCUGUCAGCUUCUUGAACGAAAAUCACGAUAUUUGGAACAAGCCAUUGAUACCGAAUUGACAUAUAAACACCAUAUAAUGGGGAAGAAUGAUAUUGCUAUCAAGAAAUAGGAAAUUAACAACGGAUAAGAUGAAAUCAUCACGCUUAACAUUUAGCUUGUGUUAGUUGUAAGAAAAGAUCGAUGUAGAAGAAUAUAUGUUAUCCUUGACUUCAAUCUCUGAUGGCUAUAUACGAUGAAUAUGGUCAGGAACGCUCUUGUUUUCUGGGAUGGAAUUACUAUACUUAGUAAGGUCUUUAUGAUCUGUUUUAAAAUAUGAACUUAAAUGACAAAAACGUAAGCUAAGAGAGAGUCAAAGUAUGCUUCGUUAUGAUAAUAUAUCUUACUGUCCUACUCGAUGAGAUAGUAGUUAAGAUUAGGUAGACCUGACAGGAUGUUAUCAGGUUAUCUAAAUUCCAGUUAACAAAAACAUUAUAUACUAGUGAUAUUUUAACACAUAUGAUAUCAAUAUCUCGGUAUCUAGACCAUGUUGUCCAUCCUUAUUAUCUCAUCAAUACCAGGAAAAUGGUGAUAUGUUUACUUUUUUCUGUAGAUAUUUUGUUUUAAUGUUUUAGAAAUACGGAGAAUAUUUUCCAAAAUCGAUUCGAAUGGUGAUCAAAAGAUGUCAAAACAUGAAAUUCGCCGAGCUGUCCGGUACAUAGGGUUAAACCCCACUGAUGAUGAAAUGUUGGAGCUAAUGUUACCAGCGGAUAUAGAUAACGAUGGUUAUGUGGGGUAUCGCGAGUUUGAGAGAAUUCUAAUGAGAGCGAUAUCCCGUCUGGAAUAUGAGAAGGAUCAUAUUAUGAAAGCGUUUAAAAUGUUUGAUAGAAACGAUGACGGCACUAUAACUGCCGAAGAGCUCAAAGCAAUACUCGUAGGAGCCAGAGGUGGCGAGGAGGAUGUCAAUAUUGAAGAGGAGGUUAAUGAACUAAUACGGGAAGCGGAUGUCAACAAAGACGGAGAGAUUAGCUACGAAGAAUUUGCUGACAUGUUUUGUAAAAUGUAACGGAGGGAAACUAUGGAAUAGAUGUUUGCCAGUAACCACCGGGAAGAUCAUUGUAAAUUCCAUAUAUUGGAUAAGGAUAUUUAAUCGUUAGUCAGUAUUUGUGGCGUGUGGAUUGAAAAGACUUCCCUUCCUGCACACAUUGAACGACUGAGAGGAAAUUGACGACAACCAGGAAACGUCAUUUCAUAAGAAAAAAUUCUAGAAUAUUUAAAAUGGCCUUAUCUCGACAAGACAUAGCAAUAUGCCGAUGUAGGUUAUCCUUUCUGCAGUCUGUAUUUCUGAUGAAACAGAAGGGCACGAACAUUAAACGCUUAACAACGUGUAUUUAUUAUCGUUGAAAUAAAUUAUCUCCUGUUUUUAUGCCUAUCAAAUUAUAUCCUUAUUUUCCUACAACGAAACCAACAUGGACAGUAUUCCACCAAGCUGUAUGAUGAACGUGAUGAUUUCAAUUUCCCUAUCGUAAAUUUUCCAUUUAUGGGGAGUAGUAUCCCUGCACCGCCAUAUAAUUGUAUUUACA